UCACACAAAUUAAAGAUUCCAGUACCCAUUACUAACUUAUCCUAUAUAAACAACCCGUACUUCUCACACCUCAAUCGCAUUCUCUCUUUUUUCCAUCGCCCUCAUUAGUCACUCUCUGUUCGCUCAAAACAGUAAAACACUUUCUUCUCUCUUUCCGAGAGACUAUGGUGUCGUCCAAUCAAACGAUACUGGUGACCGGUGGUGCCGGUUUCAUCGGCACUCACACUGUGGUUCAACUCCUCAAGGGAGGUUUUAGGGUUUCAAUCAUUGACAAUCUCGACAAUUCCGUCAUGGAAGCUGUUGACAGGGUCAGAGAGCUCGUCGGUCCUCACCUCUCUCAGAACCUCGAAUUCAACCUCGGCGAUCUCAGGAAUAAGGAUGACUUGGAGAAACUCUUCUCCAAAACAAAGUUUGAUGCUGUUAUCCACUUUGCUGCUCUUAAAGCUGUUGGAGAAAGCGUUGCCAAGCCUCGUCGCUAUUUUGAUUUCAAUCUGGUUGGAACCAUCAAUCUAUAUGAAGUUAUGGCCAAGUAUAAUUGCAAAAAGAUGGUUUUCUCAUCAUCUGCAACUGUUUAUGGCCAACCUGAAAAGAUACCUUGCAUGGAGGAUUUCAAGUUACAGGCUAUGAAUCCCUAUGGACGGACCAAGGUUUUCCUUGAAGAAAUUGCUCGAGAUAUCCAAAAGGCUGAGCCAGAGUGGAAGAUCAUUUUACUGAGAUACUUCAAUCCAGUUGGAGCCCAUGAAAGUGGUAGACUGGGUGAAGAUCCCAGGGGUAUCCCAAAUAACCUCAUGCCUUACAUUCAACAAGUUGCUGUUGGAAGGCUGCCCGAACUCAAUGUAUACGGUCAUGAUUAUCCCACAAACGAUGGCUCUGCGGUACGGGACUAUAUCCAUGUGAUGGACUUAGCUGAUGGCCACAUUGCUGCCUUGAGAAAGCUGUUCACAUCGGAUAACAUAGGCUGUACUGCUUACAACCUGGGAACCGGCCAAGGUACAUCUGUGCUCGAAAUGGUUGCAGCAUUUGAAAAAGCUUCUGGCAAGAAAAUUCCCAUAAAAUUGUGUCCAAGAAGGCCGGGAGAUGCUACUGAGGUAUAUGCAUCUACAGCGAAGGCUGAGAAAGAACUUGGUUGGAAGGCAAAAUAUGGCGUAGAGGAGAUGUGCAGGGACCAAUGGAAUUGGGCGAAGAACAACCCGUGGGGCUACAAAGGGAAGCCUUGAAUGAAACUUGACAACAUAAUUUGAGUUAUAUGUACAACUUCAAUUGUCUAUAUUUUACGCCCUCGAUAUCAAUAUCAUGAGGAUAAAGUUUGUUAUUUUUCAAGAAAAAAAUGAAUAAUAUCUAAAACUUUUUCUUUUGA